AUGGCCGGCGCCCUCCGCUUCAGACUCCUCCUCCUCGCGCUGCUCGCAGCCCCCUCCCAAGGCAGACGCCUCCGCCCAGCGUCUCGCUUACGGUAUUCCAGGUUCCUGGAUCCUUCCAAUGCCGUUUUCCUGCGCUGGGACUUUGACCUUGAGGCUGAGAUAAUCACCUUUGAGCUCCAGGUCCGGACAGCUGGCUGGGUGGGCUUGGGGGUCACAGAUCGCUACACCAUCGUGGGAAGCGACCUGGUUGUUGGAGGAGUCUUGCCUGACGGCAAUGUUUAUUUCUCGGAUCAGCACCUGGUGGAUGAAGACACCCUGGAGGAGGACGGGAGCCAGGAUGCUGAGCUGCUGGGGCUCACGGAAGACGCCGUCUACACCACCAUGCGCUUCUCCAGGCCCUUCCGCUCCUGCGACCCUCACGACCGAGACAUUACGAGUGACACCUUGCGGGUGCUGGCCGCCUACGGCCUGGACGAUGCACUGCAGCUGGAUCGGGAGCGUACCUUUGUCAAGUCCAUCUUCCUGCUACAAAUAGCCCACCCGGACGACCUUGACGUCCCUGAGGACACCAUCAUCCAUGACCUGGAGAUUACUGAUUUCCUCAUCCCAGAGGACGACACCACCUAUGCCUGCACCUUCCUCCCUCUCCCCAUCGUCAGCAAGAAACACCACAUCUACAGGUUUGAGCCCAAGCUGGUCCACCACAACGAGACGAUGGUGCACCACAUCCUCAUCUACGCCUGCGGCAACGCCAGCGCCCUGCCCACGGGCAUCAGCGACUGCUACGGGGCCGACCCCGCUUUCUCCCUCUGCUCCCAGGUCGUCGUGGGCUGGGCUGUCGGGGGCACAAGUUACCAGUUUCCAGAUGACGUGGGCAUCUCUAUUGGGACGCCCUUGGACCCCCAGUGGAUCCGACUGGAGAUCCAUUACAGCAAUUUUCACAACCUUCUGGGCGUGCACGACUCCUCGGGCAUCCGGAUGUACUACACGGCCCGGCUGCGCAAAUACGACAUGGGCGUCCUGCAGCUGGGCUUCUUCACGUUCCCCAUCCACUUCAUCCCCCCGGGCGCCGAGUCCUUCCUGUCCUACGGGCUGUGUAAGACGGAGAAGUUUGAAGAGGUGAACGGGGCCCCGGUGCCUGACAUACAGGUGUUUGGCUACCUGCUCCACACGCACCUGGCUGGGCGUGCUCUGCAGGCCGUGCAGUACAGAAAUGGAACGCAGCUCCGAACAAUCUGCAAAGAUGAUUCCUACGACUUCAGCCUGCAGGAGACUCGAGAUUUACCUCGCCGGGUGGAGAUCAAGGCGGGAGAUGAGCUGCUGGUGGAGUGUCACUACCAGACGCUGGACCGAGACUCCUUGACUUUUGGGGGUCCCAGCACCAUCAAUGAGAUGUGCCUCAUCUUCCUCUUCUACUAUCCCCGGAACAACAUCUCCAGCUGCAUGGGGUACCCUGACAUCAUCUCCGUGGCCCACGAGCUGGGGGAGGAGGUGUCCGAUUCCAUGGAGGGCAUGAUGGCCAUGAACAAUGUUGAGUGGACCCCGGAGAGCAUCAGGAAGGCCGAGAAAGCCUGCAAGGAGGCCCAGCAGACCGUGAUAAUAAAGGCCAUCGACGAGACCGUGGAAAACACGACGGGCUGGAUUCCGGAGAUCACCCCUUCGCCGCGGGGGCCCUGCUCGGAGUCCUCGGGAGGCAAAGUGGAGCCGCAGGACGAGACCCCUGCGGGCUUCAGGGCCGCUGCCCGCACGGCCCUCUCGGCCUCCAGCGCAGCCGCAGCUGACUCGGCGCGCCUCCUGCUGGCUGCCGCCUUGUUUGCUCAGGGGGCCCUCUCUUGGCUCCUUGUCACCCUGCACGGUGGAGUCUGA